GUCUCGGGAGCCGCCGGCCGUUGUUGUCAGUGCGUCGCGCUCGGAGUCGCCGCAGCGGCAGGAGCCGGGGACGGAGCAGGCGGGCGACGCCGGGCGCGGGACACGCAGAGCAGGACGCGGGCACAGGUCGAGCUGCUCCCGCCGCUGUUUCGCUGCCCCGCCUGGGCCCCGCUUCUCCCGGGGGCGCCUCCAGCUCCCAGCGGGGUAGCGGCCGGUGACAGGGGCAGACGCCGCUGCCCAUGUGGGGGGUGGCGUCCGGAGGAGCCGCUGCUGCGGGGGAGCGAGGGAAAAAAGAAUGCAAAACUGGCAUCAGUACCUGAUAUGGAAAUAUCAUUAGACAUUUGGAAAGGAUGAAGAAAGUCUGAGACUUCAUGAACAAAGAACAAACCCAGAUGAUAUCUCUGAAAGGGGCACUGUCAAGAUACGUUUGGCAGUGAAAAUGGAUGACUUAUUUGGAACAAAUAUGCUUAUAUGAGAAGAUCCCAAUUCCAAACAGUUUAAACAUUAGUCCUUCUUCAGGAACAGUAUGGCAGGCUUCAAACGAGGGUAUGAUGGAAAAAUUGCUGGACUAUAUGAUUUGGAUAAAACCUUGGGCAGAGGCCACUUUGCUGUGGUCAAACUUGCCCGGCAUGUCUUUACAGGUGAAAAAGUAGCAGUGAAAGUAAUUGACAAGACCAAACUGGACACUCUGGCCACUGGGCAUCUUUUCCAAGAAGUUAGAUGCAUGAAACUAGUGCAGCAUCCUAAUAUUGUUCGUCUGUAUGAAGUGAUUGACACCCAGACCAAACUUUACCUUAUCUUGGAGCUUGGUGAUGGAGGAGAUAUGUUUGAUUACAUCAUGAAACAUGAAGAGGGACUUAAUGAGGACCUGGCUAAGAAAUACUUUGCUCAGAUAGUUCAUGCUAUAUCUUACUGCCAUAAACUACAUGUAGUUCACAGAGACUUAAAACCAGAAAAUGUUGUCUUCUUUGAAAAACAAGGACUUGUGAAAUUGACUGACUUUGGCUUCAGCAACAAAUUUCAGCCUGGAAAGAAGCUCACUACCAGUUGCGGAUCUCUAGCAUAUUCUGCUCCUGAAAUUCUACUUGGGGAUGAGUAUGAUGCACCAGCAGUGGAUAUAUGGAGCCUGGGUGUUAUCCUAUUCAUGUUGGUAUGUGGACAACCACCAUUCCAAGAAGCAAAUGACAGUGAAACACUGACUAUGAUCAUGGACUGCAAAUACACAGUGCCAUCGCAUGUGUCCAAAGAAUGUAAAGAUCUAAUUACACGGAUGUUGCAGAGAGACCCAAAGCGAAGAGCAUCUUUGGAAGAGAUUGAAAAUCAUCCAUGGCUCCAAGGAGUUGACCCAUCCCCUGCAACAAAGUACAAUAUUCCUCUGGUUUCAUACAAAAAUCUUUCUGAGGAAGAACACAAUGGUAUAAUACAACGCAUGGUCCUUGGUGAUAUAGCAGAUCGAGAUACAAUAGUAGAGGCCCUGGAAACUAACAAAUACAAUCACAUCACUGCUACUUACUUCUUACUAGCUGAGAGGAUUCUGAGAGAGAAACAGGAGAAAGAAAUUCAAACCAGAUCUGCAAGCCCUAGCAACAUCAAAGCUCAGUUCAGGCAAUCAUGGCCAACAAAAAUCGAUGUACCCCAGGACCUGGAGGAUGACCUUACAGCUUCUCCUCUCUCCCAUGCAACUGUUCCUCAGUCUCCAGCUCGCACUGCUGAAAAUGUUCUUAAUGGUCACAGAAGUAAGGCACUUGGCGAUUCAGCAAAGAAAGAGGAUCUCCCUGAAUUAGCUGGGCCAGCACUUUCAGUGGUUCCUUCAGUGAGCUUAAAACCCACUACUAGUGGGCGGAAGUGCUUGUUUAGAGUAGAAGAAGAUGAAGAGGAAGAUGAAGAAGAUAAGAAACCCAUUUCUCUUUCAACUCAAGUUGUUUUGCGCCGCAAGCCUUCAGUUACAAAUCGUCUCACUUCCAGGAAGAGUGCACCAGUCCUCAAUCAGAUCUUUGAGGAAGGGGAGUCAGAUGAUGAGUUUGACAUGGAUGAGAACUUACCCCCAAAGCUUAGCAGGUUAAAAAUGAAUAUUGCUUCACCUAGCACAGUGCAUAAGCGCUACCACAGAAGGAAAAGCCAGGGUCGGGGGUCUAGUUGCAGUAGCUCAGAAACUAGUGAUGACGACUCAGAAAGUAGGAGACGGCUAGAUAAAGAUAGUGGGUUUACAUACUCCUGGCAUAGACGGGAUAGUAGUGAAGGGCCACCUGGAAACCAAGGAGAUGGUGGUGGACAGAGCAAACCAAGCAAUGGAAAUGGAGGCGUAGACAAAACAAGCCCUAGCGAUAACAACAAAAGUGGGGGAAGUCCCUCCACGGGCUCCGGUGGUAGCACUAAUAACACUUCAGGUUCUACUCGUAGAUGUGCUGGAUCUGGAAACUCAAUGCAGUUAUCUUCUAGAAGUGCAGGGGACCUUGUUGAAAGCCUAAAAUUGAUGAGCCUUUGCUUAGGUUCCCAGAUUCAUGGCAGCACUAAAUACAUUAUUGAUCCUCAAAACAAUCUGUCAUUUUCUAGUGUGAAAGUGCAAGAGAAAUCAAUGUGGAAAAUGUGCAUAAGUUCUAGUGGGAGUGCAAACCCAGCUUCAUCUUUGGGCAGCAUAAAAUUCUUUUCUGACCACAUGUCAGACACAGCGAAUGAGUUGGAACGGAUAAAGAGUAAGAACUUGAAAAAUAACGUGCUACAACUACCUCUCUGUGAAAAGACUAUAUCUGUGAAUAUUCAGCGGAACCCCAAGGAGGGACUGCUGUGUACCUCCAGUCAAACUAGUUGUUGUCAUGUCAUUUGACAAUGACCUGACUUAAUAGCUCAAUCUACUUGACACCACCAUUCUUCCUGUUCAGAGCUGUGAACACCUUAUUUCAAUGAACCCCAUUUUUUGUCUUAAUAUUUUAAAGUGGGCUUUAUGAGCAGUUAUUUAUUACAUUUUAAUUUUGUGUUUGCUUGAUGGUAUGACAAUGCAUGGGCUUUGUGCAUGCUGCUAGCCAAUACAUUUUUCUUUCCCAACAUAAUAGACUAUUUUAUUGUGUAAUUUUUACACGUAUAAUUUUACUAUGGAAGAUCUGGAUUAAAUUAAAAUGUAUAUCUGGAUCCUAGUGUAAAUGUAGCACUUGGAAAUUUCAUAUUCUGCACUUAAACUAGAGAGAGAGAGAGACUUUUGUUUGCUUGUGAAAUGUUAAUUCUUGUUCUGACCUUCUGUGAUAUCUAAAAUAUGUGAUAUGUGGCAUACUUCUGUGUGUCUGAAACAGAACCAAAGCAAUAAUGUUUUGAUGCUGAAAACUCCUCAGGGAGCUUUCACAUGUUCCAAGGCUUGUACAAAGCAAAGAUGCACUGAAAAUUAGUGAUCUUAAACUAUGAUUUUAAACCCACACCUAUUUGUCUUAAGCUAUAUGGUUAAAGUUGUGGCUCAAAAUCAAACUGAAAAGAUCUUGUUUUCCUAUAGGCAAGAUUUUUUAAAAGCAACUAGAUUUGUAAGGCAGCUUUUUCCCAUAGAAAUAUGUUAAUAUGACAAGCAGACAAUCUUCUUUUUUAAUAUAACAAAGGUAAAUUAUAACGUCUACUUCUGAGUUUUUACAUUCUAACUGAAAAUAAAUAGUUUGUAUACAUUAUCUCCGUUAUUAGUAGUAUAUCAUGACAAUGACCUUAAAUAUUUUAGCAUUUCUUAUUCUAAGUGUGACUCUUAGAUCUCAAAAUGCAAUAAAGAAUGGAAAAUGUUUAAAUAAUUGGAUGCAAAUUUAAAUUAAUCAGUAUUAUUGUCUGAUAAAAAUUUUCCUCAUCAUUAGACUUUUUGGCUUUUGUCAGGACUUAAUAUGUUGUGUUGUCUCCAGUAUUUACUCUGUUCUUUUAAUUUCCCUCAAUAAUCUUGUUUUCUAUUAAAAUCAAGUCCAAUAUUUACAAAAACUAAAAAUUGGCACAUAAGAAAAUAUCCUUCCACAUUCUUUAAAGCUAUUAGCUUUUCCAUUUUGUGUCCCCAUUGCCAUUGAAAUAAUGGCAAAUUCGUGCUUUAGAAUAUUUCUGUACAAAAGAUUACUUUUGACCAGAUGAACUAACUUUUGUGGAAUUUUAUUAUCUAGAAUAAAAUAUAUUGCAGAUUCCUAAUUUUGGGAAGGGCAAGAAUGUUUUAUUUUUUCAUGCUGUGCACUGGGUCUUCAAAGCAAUGCUAGUAAAAAUUGGUGGUAUUAUGUAGCAGCACCCCAGCCAGACAUCGAAUGUCUGAAAGGAGUUUACACUGUUUAGCAUAUUGUAACAUUUACAAAAUGGUCAAAUACAAUGCAUUUCAUGUACACCGUAGAGUGAGUAGAGCACCAAAGAACUGCAUUACAUUUGGUCAUCAUUUCUGUAGUUCACACUGGCUUUUCUUAAUUAGUAUGAUACAGUUUAUUAGGACAAUCUACAUUGCACAGGAUACUUUUACUGUCUAGCCUAGCUAGGGAUUAUGCAUUCUGCUCCCUAAAAAAAAACCAAGUGAUAAACAUUUUACUUUAUGGAACUUUUCAGUUUUAAGCUACAGUUGCAGUUCAGUCAGUGUGAGAUUUAUAAAUUGAAAGCUACAAGAAGAGAUGUGUGGGUGAAGCCAUAGAACACAUUUGCUUGAUAUUUUUGAGCAGGGAUCUUAUAAAGGGCCAGAAAUAAGAUGUGUGGUUCACAGACAGUGAGCAUAACAUCUAUAUUAAAAGUAAGAGAAAAGUUUAUAAAGGGCAUUGGCAAUAAACUAUUGCAGCUUUUUUUUCCAAGUAUUGUAAAUACUUUCCUGAUAUUAUGUACAGCCUUGGAAUGGCACCUUUUAACUAACCCCAGGUGUAUUUUGUUUCCAAUGUUUUUAUAUACAGAUGUAUAUAUGGUGCUCACUUUAGAACAGCAGUGUUGACCAUUUAUGCUGCAUAGCUGUAUUAUAGCCUUAUUAGUUGUGUAUGGUUGGUUGAACUUCUGGAUGUACAAAAGUUAGUCUGAGUGUUGUCCUUUUAUCCAUUUGUUCAUAGGUGAAUGAUUGUGCAUGUGUUGUAUGUUAUAUUAUGUUGUCACGUAAAAGGAAGGGAGAGAAUAACCACUACAUUAAAAUAAUAUUGGACCAAACUAUUUAGAGCAAGUAAACAGUUUCUUGUGCCCCUUAACCUGUCUUUAAAAGUUGCAUAUAGUUAUGGUAGCGUAUAAAUUAAAUAUUGUGGAAAAACAAUUAGUCUUGUAUUUUUCUCCGUGUGUAUAUAUAAAUGUACCUUUAGCAACUUUAUCUGUAUUUAAGAUGUGACAAUCUUGACACAGAAUUUUAAGAGUAGCAGUAAAAAUAAAAUAGAACAGAAUUAAAGAACUUCUCACCAAGAAAGAAUGUGUGUGUUAAGAGGGUACAGAAAUAUCAGCUGAUCUUGUCGGUUGCUUCCAGCAAUGUUUGGCUUUCUUCAUUGUAUAAACAUUCAUGGUGUGUGACAGAAAUGGAAAAUCCAGUUAAUAAAAAUGACAUCUUGA